UGAAGAUCAAGGGAUUUAGGGUUGCUUCUUCUCUGCAUUCCAUCGAUCUCUUUGUAAAAUCUGAGUAUGGGCGACAUCAUGAUUUUUAUCGUCUUGAGGCUUCUUCUUCGUCUUUCCUCAUCCCAUCUAAUUCUUCAUUUUGGGGCAUUUGAAGCUUAUCCCUGUUCAUGAAGAUUAGAAUGAUCAUUCUUAAGUGUCCAGAAAAGCGAUUCCUUUUGGGAAUCCAGGAAAAAUUGUCCCAUUGCUACAAUUGACAACAGCAAAAAGUAAUGGAUGAGAAUGAAUGUUGGAUGGAACAACAAAAUGGGUCACUCUCAGCUUGACUGAAACACAAAAAUGGGUCACUCAGCUUCACUGAAACACACUUAAAGGUGGAGUCUGAAGAAGAAAAAGAAAGAAGCAAUGCAUCUCGACUUUUGGAAAGGAAAUAUGACUCUUUGUUGAGCAUCGUUUCAUUCCAGGUUCUCUCUCACCGUUCACCGUUUCAGGAAGAUGCGCUCAUUUUUAAUUUUGAGUCUCCAAUUUCUCUCAGUCAAUUCAUGGUCCCUCGAUUUAAUCGGACAGAGUCAAUUGUAUCGUAUGUGCACUUGAAGUCAGAGUAAUGCGUUCACACCAUUUGGUAGGAAGCCCGAGGGAAAGAGCAAACAACAAUCACUAGACGGAUAUGUCUGAUCUAAUUUUGUAAUUUUCUGUGCUACAGGCUCCCACUUUUUGUUGAUAUUACUGAGGGCAGUGCCUCGUCUUUCUCUAAUGUCCAUUAUAAUGGGGCAUUACAAUGAGAACUUGGGCAUUAUAAUGAGCAUUAAACAAAAGCACAUUAGAGGGCCCAGCCCUUUUAUUGAUAUCACAGUGAAUAUCGUGUGGCCAUUACCAAUGGAUUCCCAGAACAGUCCUUCUUCUUCUUCUUCAUCACAGAGGAUCUGGAAAUAUGAUGUGGCUAUAAGUUACAAUGAUAUGGAAACUGGCUCGUUUUAUACAAUUCUUUGGAAUACUUUAGAAAAGGAAGGUUUCAGAAUCAGAAGCUGGCUUGACCCGUCAUUAGAAACCAUUGAAGGAUCCAUGAUUUAUAUAGUUGUCUUCUCACAAAGAUAUGCUUUCUCACUAAGUUGCUUGGAUGAACUGGCAGUGAUGUUUGAAUGCAUGAAGGUACACGGCCACAAAUUUCUGCCAAUUUUUUUCAAGAUCGAUCCGUCUAGAGUGAAAACAUGGCUAGCUCCAUUUCAGACACUAUUGGAACGCCCAGAAUUUGUCAUACUAACUCGAAAGAUCAAAGACGAGUUAUUGACAAAAUAGUUGUGGAGGCAAAGAAAACUUCGGUCGAAGAAAAAGAGACGUAAGUUACAUUCUGUUUAGUUCUUCAUAGUUUGUUGGGCAUGAAAUGUUAUUGUUCUGAUCAACUUUGUAAUAACCCAAGUAUUUUAAGUAAAAGUAAAAAUAUAAGUUGGUGUUUUAAUCUUGGGAUAAAUAUGACACGAAGAGAAAUUGGUGUUCUGGAAAUCAGAUUGGUAAUUUGUCAAAAAGGUCCCUGUUCGAAUCUGAAUAAGGUCAUGGGAAGUUUCAUUUUUGAUUUUGCCUUUUUGCCUCGUGAAAUUACAAAAUAGCCCCUCUUCAAAUCUGAUAAAAAUCUCUACUCUCUCGUCGAUUUUUCCAGACACCACGAGAGAUAGAGAGAUGCUCUGAUCUUGGUAUUCUUUCUUCCUCCUCUGUGUCGUUGCCUCCUCUUCAGUUUCAGCCACCGCCAUUGCCGACGUCCUUGCCUUUACUCUGUCUACUGUUGGUCAGCCAACUCGUGACUCUGCUCUCUGUUUUUUUUCUUUUUUUCUUCAUUCCAGAUUAUUUAGGUUCCUUUCUCUCCUUCGUUCAGGUGCAUGUAUAAGCAUUUAGAUCUUCCUCCUCUUCAUUUUUUGUUGGUGUUCGUUACUGGUGAGGGUGGAGAUUCAUGCUGUUCUGAUUUGUUUAAGUUGCUCUCCAUGCUCCCUGUUUCUAUCACCCUCUCCGCCUGCGUUUCUAUUCAUAUUGUCUGGGAUGAGAAGUCAGAAAGCAUCAGAACUAGGGGACUGUUGCUGAGAGCUCGUGCUUGUGCUGUCCGAGCUGGGCCUAUUGUGCUGACUUAGUUUCUAUUCUUGCUUGCCAACCGUAUUCGAUCCUUCCUCCCCCUGUUCAGCGUUCAAGAGUACGUUUGUUUCUUCUUUCUCUCAGUUCACCACUGUUCAGGCCGGCUGAGUUGAGGUGAGAAAAUUUGGACCUCCUAUUCGUUAGCAUGCUAUACGUGUGGGAGAGAGUGUGUGCUGUUGCUGCCUUAUGCGUGAAGUUACAAAAUUUCGGCUUUGUUCUGCUGCUGCCCGUACGUUGUGUCAAGAAGAUGAGUCAAAUUGAACUGAAAAUAGAAAGAAACCUAUUUUAAAGAAGCCUGAUAAUAUAUAUAUAUAUAUAUAUAUGUAAGUAAAUGGGAUAGAAUUUGGUAGCUAAUUAAAUAGAUCUUUGAUUCAUGUUGAAGAAAUUAUUAAGGAAAGAUUGAAAAAGAAUAACUUUGAUAUAUUACUUGAAUAUUGGCUUCAUUGAGAAGCCUACUAAAUGUUUGAAGUAAUUUUAAAGCAUGAAUUUUGGUUUUAAAUUUUAAAUGAUAAUGAUUAAUAUAUGAGAAGUAGAAGGAAGUCUUUGUAAAUUAAAGAUAAUUUGUUAAAUUUUGUUUAAUAAUAUCGUUAUAGGAUGUGCGGAAGAAGAGGAUCCUAAUAGAAAUUGAAGAAAGAAUAUUUUGAGAAUUUGAA